AUGAUCACAGACGUGCAGCUUGCCAUCUUCGCCAACAAGGUGGGUGUGUCUGUCUUCUUACUUGUGGUUCUCUAUCACAACAUGACCGUCAACAACCCCCAGAAGCAGGAAUGAAAGUGGCGCUUUCUCCACCCCAGGGUUCCAGGACACAGUCUGAGGCAAGAUAGAGGGUGUGAGUGGCCUUCACACUUCACUUCAUCCCUUCUACCCAUCACAACAUGCAAA